UCUCCUCCUGGCCACGUGGCGGCCAGUGCAGCCACUCACCGCCCGAUCCCCGACACCCCGGCCGUUGCGGCCUUCUGCACACACCUCGGGGCGGCUCCUGCCCCCUGGGGAUGCUCUGGGCUCAGGCGGAUGUCCAUUCUACGUACCCCCGGGUGCGGACUACAAAGCCGCGGCUGCCCGCCCCCUUCCCCUACGUUCUCCUCUACCGUAAGGCAGGGCGCCUCCUCCCCGCCCCCUCCGCCAGUCAAGGGGAGGAGAACGGGGCGGGCAGAGCAGGGGGUGUGACAGCUCCCGCCCGGACCGGAGCCAGCGCAGCCUAGCUUCAGCGCCCGGUGCCAGCUGGCUUCUUCGUCUGGGGGAGGCGCGGGGCUCCUUGUCGCCGGUGGCUGGGUGGCGUCCCCCCACCAAGCCCCCACCUCUCUACUCACCCAAGAGGAGCCUCUCCACCGAGCCCUGCAUCCUGCUGCCCUGGCAGCCGGUCCAGCUAGGCACUGGCCCCGUUCGCUGUACCUGGACUUACCCACCGACUCCCUCCCGAUUCCCUUAUCAAAGCUGAUGGGGGUCGCUGGGGACCGCCCAGCCUUUUGUUAGAGCCUGCACGGCUGUGCGAACUUGAAAAGAAACAUGAAGGUGGGCUGGCCAGGUGAGAGCUGCUGGCAGGUGGGCCUGGCUGUGGAGGAUAGCCCAGCUCUGGGAGCACCGCGGGUGGAAGCCCUCCCUGACGUGGUCCCGGAGGGGACACUACUCAACAUGGUGUUGAGGAAGAUGCACCGGCCCCGAAGCUGCUCCUACCAGCUGCUGCUGGAGCACCAGCGUCCGAGCUGCAUCCAGGGGCUGCGCUGGACACCACUCACCAACAGCGAGGAGUCCCUGGAUUUCAGCGAGAGCCUGGAGCAGGCCUCCACAGAGCGGGUGCUCAGGGCUGGGAGGCAGCUGCAUCGGCAACUGCUGGCCACCUGCCCAAACCUCAUCCGAGACCGGAAGUACCACCUUAGGCUCUAUCGGCAGUGCUGCUCUGGCCGGGAGCUGGUGGAUGGGAUCUUGGCCCUGGGACUUGGGGUCCAUUCCCGGAGCCAAGUUGUGGGAAUCUGCCAGGUGCUGCUGGAUGAAGGUGCCCUCUGCCAUGUGAAACACGACUGGGCCUUCCAGGACCGAGAUGCCCAAUUCUACCGGUUCCCCGGGCCCGAGCCUGAGCCCGUGGGAGCUCAUGAGAUGGAGGAGGAGUUGGCUGAAGCUGUGGCCCUGCUCUCCCAGCGGGGGCCUGAUGCCCUGCUCACUGUGGCACUUCGAAAGCCCCCAGGUCAGCGCACGGAUGAAGAGCUGGACCUCAUCUUUGAGGAGCUGCUGCACAUCAAGGCUGUAGCCCACCUCUCCAACUCAGUGAAGCGAGAAUUAGCAGCCGUUCUGCUCUUUGAACCACACAGCAAGGCAGGGACCGUGUUGUUCAGCCAGGGGGACAAGGGCACUUCGUGGUACAUUAUCUGGAAGGGAUCUGUCAAUGUGGUGACCCAUGGCAAGGGGCUGGUGACUACCCUGCAUGAGGGAGAUGACUUUGGACAGCUGGCUCUGGUGAAUGAUGCACCUCGGGCAGCCACCAUCAUCCUGCGAGAAGACAACUGUCAUUUCCUGCGUGUGGACAAGCAGGACUUCAACCGUAUCAUCAAGGAUGUGGAGGCAAAGACCAUGCGGCUAGAAGAACAUGGCAAAGUGGUGCUGGUGCUGGAGAGAGCCUCUCACGGCGCCGGCCCAUCCCGACCCCCAACCCUAGGCAGGAACCGGUAUACAGUGAUGUCUGGCACCCCAGAGAAGAUCCUAGAGCUCCUGUUGGAGGCCAUGGGACCAGAUUCCAGUGCUCAUGACCCAACAGAGACAUUCCUCAGCGACUUCCUCCUGACCCACAGGGUCUUCAUGCCCAGCGCCCAACUCUGUGCCGCCCUUCUGCACCACUUCCAUGCGGAGCCUGCGGGUGGUAGUGAGCAGGAGCGCAGCACCUACAUCUGCAACAAGAGGCAGCAGAUCCUGCGGCUGGUCAGCCAGUGGGUGGCCCUGUAUGGCUCCAUGCUCCACACUGACCCUGUGGCUACCAGCUUCCUCCAGAAACUCUCAGACCUGGUGGGCAGGGACGCCCGACUCAGCAACCUGCUGAGGGAGCAGUGGCCAGAGAGGCGGCGACACCACAGGUUGGAGAAUGGCUGUGGGAAUGCAUCUCCUCAGAUGAAGGCCCGGAACUUGCCUGUUUGGCUCCCCAACCAGGACGAGCCCCUUCCUGGCAGCAGCUGUGCCAUCCGAGUUGGGGAUAAAGUCCCCUACGACAUCUGCCUGCCAGACCACUCAGUGUUGACCCUGCAGCUGCCUGUGACAGCGUCUGUGAGAGAGGUGAUGGCGGCGUUGGCCCAGGAGGAUGGCUGGACCAAGGGGCAGGUGCUGGUGAAGGUCAAUUCUGCAGGUGAUGCCAUUGGCCUGCAGCCAGAUGCCCGUGGUGUGGCCACAUCUCUGGGGCUCAAUGAGCGGCUCUUUGUUGUCAACCCACAGGAAGUGCAUGAGCUGACCCCACACCCUGACCAGCUGGGCCCCACUGUGGGCUCUGCUGAGGGGCUGGACCUGGUGAGUGCCAAGGACCUGGCAGGCCAGCUGACGGACCACGACUGGAGCCUCUUCAGCAGCAUCCACCAGGUGGAGCUAAUUUACUAUGCGCUGGGCCCCCAGCAUCUGCGGGAUGUCACCACCGCCAACCUGGAGCGCUUCAUGCGCCGCUUCAACGAGCUGCAGUACUGGGUGGCCACUGAGCUGUGUCUCUGCCCGGUGCCUGGCCCCCGGGCCCAGCUGCUCAGGAAGUUCAUUAAGCUGGCGGCCCACCUCAAGGAGCAGAAGAAUCUCAAUUCCUUCUUUGCCGUCAUGUUUGGCCUCAGCAACUCGGCCAUCAGCCGCCUAGCCCACACCUGGGAGCGGCUGCCACACAAAGUCCGGAAGCUGUACUCCGCCCUCGAGAGGCUGCUGGAUCCCUCCUGGAACCACCGGGUGUACCGACUGGCCCUCGCCAAGCUCUCCCCUCCUAUCAUCCCCUUCAUGCCCCUUCUUCUCAAAGACAUGACCUUCAUUCAUGAGGGAAACCACACACUAGUGGAGAACCUCAUCAACUUUGAGAAGAUGAGAAUGAUGGCCAGAGCCGCGCGCAUGCUGCACCACUGCCGAAGCCACAACCCUGUGCCUCUCUCACCACUCAGAAGCCGAGUUUCCCACCUCCACGAGGACAGCCAGGUGGCGAGGAUUUCCACAUGCUCGGAGCAGUCCCUGAGCACCCGGACUCCAGCCAGCACCUGGGCUUAUGUCCAGCAGCUGAAGGUCAUCGACAACCAGCGGGAACUCUCCCGCCUCUCCCGAGAGCUGGAGCCAUGAGGAGGGGCUGGGACUAGAGCUGGAGCAGGCACUUGUGGCCUGGAAAGCCAGGGCGUGCCGGGCCAAGAUACCCACAGGCUGGCCACAGCUGAGCAGGGCUCUCUGUGGAGUGGACUCGAGUCCCUGGAGCAGGCAGCGUGGAGGCAGCCGUCCCCUGUGAUGACUGGCGGCUAAGGAGGACCUUGGAGUGGACCCAAGCCGGGAAUAAGGAAUGACCCAAGGCCAAGGAAAGGGGGACAGAGAGGCCCCAGGAGUGGGUGGAGAGUGGAGUGCGCUGGGACGUUGUGUGCAAUAGAGAGCUCUCCACACCAGGUGUUUUCCAGA